AAUAGCAGGUCAACAGCGCGGACUAUAUUAACAUUUAUUAUUAUUAUCAUUAUUAAGAGUUCGGUUAUACAAUCUGUUAAUAUUCGUUCUGUUUCGUAAGAGUUCGUUUCGAUUUGAUUUCGUUUCGUUAUUUUCUUUUCUUUUCGGUAGUUUUCAGUUUUGUUUUGAUUUCAUUUCACAUUGUACCUUUAAGACCAUCCCUUUUCUUUCUAUUUAAAUGAUUCCAGGAAAAGGAUAUUAAAUUAAUAUAGAUUAAUUUAACAUCCUUUAAUUAAUAUCUCAUAUAUUUUAUAAGAUAUCAGUUUAUAGACGAUAUCUCAUAAACUUUAUCAGAUAUCUUAUAUAUUAUACAAAAUAUCUCAUAAAGUUUAUGAGAUAUCUUAUAAAAUAUAUGAUUUAUAUAUCUCAUAAAGAAAAAAAUAUCUCAUAUCUUUUAUUUAGAUAUUUUAUAUUAAAGGAUACAAUAUAUCUCGUAAACUUUAGAAGAUAUCAUUUAACUUUUUCAAAAUAUCUUAUAAAUUUUAUGAAAUAUCUUUAAAGAGGAAUAAAUGUAAAAACGGCGUGCCAUAAAGGAUCCCUCCCAAAUAUUUAUAUUUAUCCCAUAAUAGAAUUUUAAUUUAUACAAUAUAUUGCUUCAUCAAAUUUCUAGUGUCUGCAAAUUUUUAAAGAGUAUCAGGACUAAUUGUUACAUGAUCCUGGGGCCUGGCUUAUAAGUUUAACAAAUUUGUUUUUAUUAGCUAGGUGGUGUCCUUAAGACAUUGACAGAAUGGGAAAAAUAAGAUUCAGGUGGAACUCUGAAUUUUAAUCAAUAAUCAAAUGACAAUUUAAUUGGGGAGUAUUUUAAACAGGGCAUACAUCUUAUAUAAGGAUAAAAAGUUCCUUAUUUUAAUAGUGUUUGAACAGCUAUUAAAGUGUAAAAUAUAAAAAAUAAAUAAAUAAAAAGUAAAAACGUGGCACUAAUACGCUUCCGUAGUUUUGGUUGUUUUGUUGUUUUUGGGUUUUUUUUUGUUGGUUUUUUUAAAUUUACAUUGGGGAGGUGAACUGGAUCGAAAACGGAGGGGAAGGGGGGCGUAACUCUCUCUCUCUCUCUCUCUCUCUCUCUCUCUCUCAUCGCUUGACUCAACUAACUUGUUCAGAUUACGUACAAAAGCGAUUUUUAAUGUUAAUAUUUAUGACGCAGAAUUUUAAGAUAAAAUUGUUUUACCGCUUGUAAACAAAUUCCCCAGAAUUUAGAUUUUAAUUAUCCUAAAAUAGUAUUUUAAUUCUUACGAUUUUUGGUGUUAUCUUAGCUACGUUUUCCGUUCCGUUCCAUUUUCCGUUCCGCGUUUUAGCAAUACCCCGAAACUACUACUUUCACUUUCAUCGUUACAGAUCAGCUGAUGAUUUUUAUGCUAUGUAUAUGUAUAUAUAUAGAAGCAACGAAGAGAAGCCAACAAGUGACGCAAUACAGUAACCUUUGCACUAGGCCUAUUGUUAGCAUGGUUUUACUUUUUCAACUUUAGGUUUACGUAAUGGAUAGAUCAAAUCGAUCAACAUUUCCACGUACUGUGAAUUAUACCCCCUUCUUUUAGUCUCUGAAUAUACUUUGUCUCGUUUAACAUCUCUCACAUUAUUGUUAAAACAUUUCAACUAUGUAUGUGUAUUUAUUUGAUUUUAAAGUCAAAAGUGUUAUUUAUUUCAGAUUUUUAAUAACGUUUUUCCAGGGACAUAUAUAUACUAGUAACCCUGGUUUUUGGAUAAGAAAACAUGAGGAGCUUAAUAAUCAGUUCGCUAGCACUAUAAUACGGAAUAGACAGUUAAUACACUAAAAGUGCAAGACCCCCGCUCCACCCACAGGGGCAUCUUAUCCGCUCUGUUCUCUAUCACACAUAUAUAUAUGUGUGAUAGAGAACAGAGCGGAUAAGAUGCCCCUGUGCUCCACCCCCAAUACAAAAAUUGUAAACUAUAGGGAUUUUCCUGAUUGCUUUUACAAAAUGCAGUGCUUGUUUACAAAUGGGGUUCUUGGAAAAUAAAUUGAAAGUAGAUUUACCUCAUUUCUAUAUAUAUAAAUACAGUACACAUAUCUAUUAAACACAAUCUGUCAUACGUGUAAUCAUCUAACUUAAAAGAUGACAAAUGGCUGACAAUAAGUACACCAAAAGGCGAUUGCAACUGAAGCAAAAUUUGUUCAAGUUACUGAAGAAAAGAAAACCUGAUGGAAUCCCGAAAGCGCACUUGUGGAAUAUUUACACUAGCAAAGUGGAGAAGGUCACUGCUGCGUUUUAUGGCACUGGGAAAAUGAACAACCUUCUGGGAGAAUUUGAUGACAUGAUUUAUGAAGUGAUGGAGAAAGGGCGACCCACAAUACAUCUGAUUGAGGGCUACACUCAAGAUGGGGAGGGACCCCCUGAUGUCCAGAUAGCCAAAGUGUCGUCAUCAGAGUCGGAGAAAAAUCACACAGGGCCAAAGUCUGUGAACAAAAAAAGGGAUGCAGAUGAUAAAAAGAGAUCUUCAGCAGAGAUUCUUUACCAGAGAUCACAAGGAGUCAGUGGUCUCCCAACAGCACCCAUUCCUCAGCAACCAUUACCAAGUCAAAGCCCCGCCCAUUCCAUGGCACAGUCAUCGUUUAGUCUCCCUGUACAACAGCAGUUGCCACCCCCGCUGUCUCUAACAUUCCAGAAGCCACGGCAGCUAAUGAAGGGAGCUGUAGCACAACCACAAAUAGACACACUUCAGAACAGCGUUACCAUGGCCGUCAAUCAGUUUCAGGCUAGACAGACUGACUCAGCGGGCAAAGUUCCAGAGGAUCCUUGUGUAGUGUCCUCCAGCAGUGAAUCCGACAGCGACUCAGACAGUGAAGAGUCUGAAGACUCUCCGAAUCUUCAAACUUCCACUGUUAGAAAGAAACAGGAUGAUCAUAGACUUAAAAUAGAGCAGGAACGACUCCUUGUUAAAAAUAAUAUUAUGAAAUUGUUGAAGUCUCACCCAAAUGGUAUCAAAAAGAGUGAGAUUUGGAGAUUUUAUUUUGAAGAAUUCAAGCAUCAACCAAACAAGGCAAAAGUUGGACUUUCAAAGCUCACAAAUCUGUUAGGUUAUUUCAGUGAUGUAAUAGAAGAAUUUCAGAAUGAACAUGGAAUUCCCUAUAUCAGAAGAGCACCAAGACUUAGUGUUUCCAGGAAUCGAUUGACCUCUGGGUCAUCAGGGAGAAGCACCCCAGUGAUAGACCUGACAAAGGAUGAGCCAGCCCCAAAACGUGGCAGUCUGGUGGACCUGACGGAAGACCAGGGUCCCUCUGGUUUCAUCCCUCUUUCAUCUGCUCAACCUACACAGAGAAGACUCACUCAGCCAGGAGACUUUCAGGUCAAGUCUGCAUACUCUCAACUUCAGCAGACGCCAGGAUUUAUUCCCACAAGUGGUCCUCCACAAGAUUCUUCUCUGGCAGUGUGCCAGCUAAUGAUCAGACCAAUCAGUCUCAGGAAGUUUGAGCAAAAGGAAACUCACCUGCCAAAAGUAUGGAAUAAUGAUAGGAAUGGCCAGUUCUCUCAGAGCCAGAUUGAAAUGGUCGCAAAGGAGUGCAUUGAGGCCCUAGCAGAAGCAGACGAACAUGUGAGUGUGGAGAGAGUGGAAAGUUUGAUGCUGCAAAGGCUUAGAAGACGAAACAUAGCAGAAUUGGGUCACUGGCGUUAUGCCAACCAAAUACCCUGUCUUUUUGAACAUAACAGAAUGCUAUGCAAGAUCAAUGCAUAUAUCCAGGCCUUCCUGAAUACACGAUCUAUUUGUACUCUUCAUGAACUGAAGAUAUGCAUGGCUGAAUUUGCUCCAGAUAAAGACAGCUUUGAAGCUUUACAAGUUGGCCCCCUACAAAGACUUCCACUUAUAUAUAACAGCUUCAAGUUUCCAACAGACAUGGCUGAUAUUCCAGAAAUCACAACCUCUGAUAUUUUCGAGAAUUUGCGAAAUUACUUGAAUAAGUAUCAGAAGUGGAGUACCAAACUGGAGAUGGAGCAUUUCAUGGAAUACUUAGUGGAGACAUAUCAAGUGGAGAAUGCGUACAUUCUUGGGAUUAGAAUCCGUAGUCUGCCGCUGACCAUACAGGUAUUGAAGAAAUCUCGGCGAGAUGCUGCUGGAACACGAAGAAAAGUAACGGAAGACACAAAGGAAGCACUGAAACAGGAGGUUGAGCAGCUGUUCAACAGAUUCAAGGCUGUACUGAUGAACAAAAGAGGAGAUGGACAAGGGCAGAUUAGGGAGCAUUAUCUAAAGAUGAGGCCCGUGGAGGCUCUGAGGGAAAUCUUUGAUAAAUACCACACUCUCUGCUGUUCGGUGGCGGCCCCUUCAUCUCGGAUGGAGAUGCGAAACUUCACCAGGUUUACAGACACCAUUAAUGGCUUCUUGCAGGCAGUCACCUCGGAUAGCUUCGGCCGUAACCUGUUUCACAUCGCCAUCUGUAUCAGUCAGACAGAAGUAGAGGCUGUUCACAGACAGUUCUUGACUGAGGCGACUAAGCCGAAGGAGGUACCUGUUACUGUGAAAAAGAAACCUCCACCUACAAAAGAAUCUGUUGUCAGACUCCUGAAGACUUACCUUGACAAAUGUCAGAGCCAAGGUGUGCUUACACUGAAAACUUUGGAUCACAUUGAGGAGAGAAUGGUGGACCAUUUUGAAUUUGAUUCAUUUCUGGCUAUGGGAUAUGGACGCUUCUUAGAAUUUCUUCAGAAGGAGGCCAAACAAGAAUUAGAUGACUGUGGGGGGACCAGUUUAGGGUCCGGCGGGGGUCACAGUGAUGCUGCUGGAGGAUAUCUGCCAACACUUACUCAUGUCCUGGAGUUUAUCCAUCAGUGUAAACAGGCAAACCUCACACAGGAGGAGAUGAUACAGCAGGCAUUAUGUCACCAGUUUUCUGUAAAAGAUGUCAAGCAACUUGGGCAUGGGACUGCUUCACGCUUGAUUGGAUUGGCUGACCGUCCAGGGAGACACGUGGCUAAUCAGCACUGUGUGAUGUAUGAAGCAGCUGUAAUUCCCCCAGAGAGCUUUGAGGUGAAAGGUCAGACUGGAAUUCUGGGACACCAGACAAAAGAGGCUGCCCUGGCUUGCUUGGAUAACUGCCCUUUGUUGGAGAACAUGGCUGAUUGGAGUCAAUGGAGUCAGGUGUUUGAACCACAGCUGGGAAAAUUACGCGAUUUCAUCCAGAAAUAUGGAGAAUUUCAACAUUGGCCAAUAGAGGGUGGAUCCAAAGUAAUGAACACAGAUUUUAUAGCUUUGGAGAGCUCCCCUGGGGAGUACCUAAAGCUGGUCAGUAGUACCUCCCCUGAGAAGUUCUGUGCAUCCGUCCAGGAGAGGGUUCCACGUGAUGUCAGUGGACAUCUGAUGUCGAUGGUGGUCUGGAACAAAGGCGUGGAGAACAUCCCUAUAGCACUGCUGGCCAAUCAUGUUCGGGAGGAAUUGUUCAAAAUGCAUGGGGAGGCCUCAAAAGACUGUGUGCCAGGAGCACCAUCUGGUUGUCAGCCAAGGGAGGACACUGUUCACUUUGUUCGGGACUGCUUGUUGACUUUACCUGUCAAAACCUGUGCAAUCCUGGCUUCUCAGAUGUUCCUGGAACCGCUAGGCCAGGUAAUCGGACAAUCCAAAUCAAAGACCAUGCUUCUCCAGUCAUGUGUAACUGUGUCUCAAUUAAACCGUCUGCAGCAGCUGGGCUGUCUGUUGGGUGUAGCUGAGUGGAUGGACAGUAUUCAAGGCCGAUGUCGACCAACACCCACUUCUCUAGAGGAGGUGGCUCCAGAGUUUGCAGAGGAGUUCUUCAAAGAUGAACCUGAGAUUAUAGAGGACAGUGAGGAUGAGGACAAUUCAUUAACCUCGUACUUAUCAGAUGUGGAGGUUGAGGCAGAGUUCAAAGUUCAGGAGGAAAAAGAGAUGAUUGUUGUUGAUGGGUGUACAGAGCUUGAGGAGGAUAAGGAAAAGAAAGAGUCCAGCAUUGAUCUCACGUUAAAGUCAGACAGUCCUAUUGACCUUCUCUCGCCUGAGGACAAUGAAAGCAAGGUGCCAUCAUCAGUAACCAUGGAGACGGACUUAGAGCAGGCUUGUCGGGAGAUUGUGGACCGGAUUAGACGGGACGAGUUUGGGAUUGGGGUGGAGCUGAAUGAAGAUGGACAGCGGCUGAUGAGAGUCCAGCAAGAGAGGCUUGGCCGAAGUCUGGACAGGCUGUCCAAAGACCUGUACAGCAAGGACACACACUUUGUACUUGAGCUGAUACAGAAUGCUGACGACAACAGCUACCCAGAUGACUUACAGAAGAAUGACUGUCCGUCUGUCCAGUUUGUCAUGAGGCUGGACGGGGUGGUGGUCCUGAACAAUGAGAAUGGAUUCCGAGAAAAGGACAUUCGUGCUCUCUGUGACGUGGGAAGAAGUACCAAGGGAAAGCACAAGGCAGGGUAUAUUGGUCAGAAAGGCAUCGGAUUUAAGUCCGUUUUCCGAGUGACAGAUGGACCAGAAGUCCACUCUAAUGGUUUUCACAUCAAGUUUGAUGUUCAGUCAGGACCAACGGGGUACAUCCUACCUCACUGGGUGGAGGAGGACCGGUGGGAGGAAAACGAGGGCUGGACGACAAAGAUUGUGCUCCCCCUGAAGGAAUCCAUGAAGUCCCAAACAACCACCCUGGCAGCCCGAUUCAACGACAUCCAUCCGUCCCUGCUGCUGUUCCUGAACCGUCUGCGACAUAUCACCAUCGAGAACCGAGUGGAGAAUUUUGUACAGGAAAUACACAGGAGAGACCCUGGAGAGAAUGUGGUGGAGAUCACCCAUAGCAACAAGGUGGACCGAUGGCUAGUGGUCAAGAAACGGCUGGAUGCCUCCAAAAUAUCAUUGCAGGCCAAAUCAGGUGUAGAGGUGGAGUCCACAGAGAUUGCCCUGGCUUUUCCGCUCCGACCAGCAGGACAGAAGAAAGACAGCAAGUUUGUUCUGCCAAAGCAACCAGUGUUUGCCUUUCUUCCUCUCAGGAGUUAUGGAUUCCGGUUCAUCAUUCAAGGUGAUUUUGAUGUUCCGUCCAGUCGUGAGGAUGUGGACAGAGACAGUCUGUGGAACCAGUGGCUUCGUAAUGAAAUCCACGUCCUCUUUAUAGAAGCUCUGGAUACAUUCAAAAGUCAUGGAGACUUCACUAACAUGGAGGCUGUGUCCGCCUUCCUGCAGUUUGUUCCUGUUGAGGAUGAAAUCAUUGAUUUCUUCAGACCAGUGGCCAAUCAGAUUCUACAGAAACUUCGAGCCAAGCAGUGCAUCCCUACUCAACCCAACCAAAAAGGCCAGUGUUCGUGGAAAAUUCCAUCUCAGACAGUUACAGUGAAGGACCCGCGAAUCCUGGAGGUUGUGACCUCUGACCUUCUGAAGGAGACUCUUAAUCUUUUCUAUCUCCACCGUGACGUGGCAUCCAUGUUAAAUUCUACCCUGACCCAAAGUCUGGGUAUAGAAGCUUUGAAUACAGAGCACCUGCUUCUGAUUGGGAAAUCCUUACUGCAGCAGUGGUUAUCCAACCCUGAAAAUGACAACAAAGAUAAUGAUAUCCUUGUGACUGCUAAGUGGAUGGCUUGUGUGUACAGAAGUCUGGAUGAGUUUUCAGACAACCAGUCCAUUUACGACAAACUGAAGGCCAUGAAGAUCAUUCCAUUGGCGAAUUAUCAGAGACAGUCUACAAACAACAGCACCAUCUUUUUCCCUCUGUCUGAAAACACUGGGUUUAGUUAUAAUGACCCUAUGACAGUGCUGCAGCAAGAUUUGAACACAGUCCACCCACUUUUGGUUUCUACCACUGACAAUGAGGUGAACUCGCAGGUCCAGAAGUUGUUAGAGAAGAUUGGAGUGUGUCAUCUAUCUCCUCGCGAGGUCAUCUGUCACCACAUCAUUCCUACUCUCCAGUCCGACUCGUGGAAGGAUAAGAAGGAGAAUAUUUUAAUCAGUUAUAUAGUGUACAUAAAGGAACAGACAGACCUUGAUCCAUCACUCAUCAAUAUGGAGGAGCUGGGAAAGUCAGCCAUAUUGAAAACCAACAAAGGUCUGCAGAAUCCCUCCCAGGUCCCCGUACAUUUCCCACCAGAUUACAAAAAUGCCAUCAAUCUACAGGCUGAGUUACCAGGAUACGACUGGAUUUUGCUGGAUUCAAUUUAUCUCCAGAACAAACGAAAUCCUGUUGAAAUCCAGAAAUGGCGGGGUUUUUUCACCAAGAUUGGAGUGACUGAUUUCAUAGAAGUAAAACAGAUGAGGGUGGAGAUCUCAACAGAAAACAUUAAUUCAACUCCUUGGGCUCCAUUGGGUGAAAUACUUGGUGCCAUCCAAGAGGGAAGUUACAUUGAAGAUUGGUCCUCCACGGAGCUGAGAGAACUGAUCCAAAACAAUGGCCAACCAUCCUCAUAUUCCCAGCAGAUGAGGAUCCUCUCUGUCCUUCUGGCAGAGAAGUGGGUUAGACACUUCUCAAAAUACACCUCCACUUGCCUGUACAACAAAUCAGGAGAACGUUGUCAAGAUGUGGAGACAUCCUUCAGCAUACUUCUGAAAACCUCCAGUUGGUUGCCAGGAUUACAGACAUGUGUAAGUGUGGAGAACGAGAUGAUAUCUGUGAUGGAGAAGGUGCUGAUGAUGCAGCCAUCUUGUUUGUAUGCUCCUCUGCCAGAGAUAAUGGACCUGCUGGCUCACUCUGUGCUUUAUCUAGGCAUUCAGAUGCCACCUGGAAGUUCGUUUGGACAGUUUUUAGGAAUUAAACAUCGUGUAGGACUUCAGGAUUUAAAGAAAUGCUUGAUCGAGUGGGGCAACAGAGAGUCGGAGCAAAUUCCCAAAAUAUUUGUCACCACUCAAAAACACAUCUUUAAUGUAUAUCUCUGGCUUAAUAACCAGCUUCCUCCAGUAGAAACCACGGAACUCUUCCAAAACCACCCAGUCAUCUUUGUGCCAGGUAAACACUUGCCAGUAAGGAUCGAAUCCGGUUCUGUGAACCAGAGGUCAUUAAAUAGUCUAGUAGCUGGUAGAAUGCUAACCAACAAAGAGGUGUGGUGGUCAGAUCCUACUGGAUUGAUAUUGAAGCACAGCAACAUCAUUGAAGAUUACCAUUUAGAGCUAGCCAAGAAAGCUCUUCUUUUUGACACUUAUGGACAAAUGCUUGAUCUCAAAGUAAUGUUUGUGAAUAUUGGGAAAAUCUCCAUAGAACCCAGUAUGUUGGAGUAUUGUGAGUUACUAGUUUUGAUGGGACAAGUUCUCAGUCUGUCUGAUAAAUCAGUUUUAUCCGAUGCUCUACAGUUGUAUGCUACCAUUGGGGGGAAACUAAACCCAGAGGAAUCCCAAGCGAUGCCUUAUCAAACGAAGCAGAAUGUCCUUGAGAUACAGAGAGUAGGACUGAGAAAGAAACUUGAAGGGCAGAAGAUUCUUGCCACAACCAACAAUAAAUGGGUGGGGGUGGAGGAGAACCCCAUGAUAGCAGACAACAGGGAACUAGAGAAAAUGUUUGAGAAGAAAGACCAUGUCAACUUUGUUAUCAUGGAGGAUAAAACUCCACAGCCCAGACGUGGAGGAAAAGCAGUUUUAGACCGAAACUUGAGAGAAAAACUUUUGCCAUUCUAUGAAUUCUGUUCUGUGAAGAAGCUAUCAGAAUGUGUAGAUGUUCGGGAAAUUUCUGAGAUGUUUGAGCCCUGCCCAGACCUGCAGUUAUACAUGCAUGUAACAGUGCCUUUGUUACAGAGAUACAUCUAUAAGAAUAAGCCUGACAAUUACCAGGACCUUCAGAACCAGAACUUCCCACAGCGACUGGCAUCAUUGCAGUUCUUCAAGGUAAGAACCCUGGAGGUGAUGUAUUCAUUAAAACACAGCCCUGAUGUCAUUGUCCUGAGGAAGGAGAAAUGUGUGCAGAAGGACAAUGCUUUUCUUUUCGAUCAAGAACACACAGAGUCUUAUCCAGACAUUAACAAAGAAAUCGCCAAAUUCUUCUCCAGCUCAGACGACAUGUGGUCCAAAGAACUGAGGGCUUUUCUGAAUGAUCUAAUCACACCAAUUACCAAGGAACUACAUACUCUAGAGGAUGUGAUGGAACAGUACGACUGCUACCCGCUUCCACCGAGUGAACCAGUCUGGUUUGUCCCUCAACCAAUUUUACCAACUUACCAAAGGCCAGUUGAACCAGAAAUUGAAUCAUGGCCUGAGGAACCAGAUUCAGGAGGAAUGAGAACAGCAAACCAGACAGAGGAAGGCAGUCAGGGACUAAAAGCAUGGCCACCAAUGUCGAACACCCAGGGGGCAGCUCAAAACAAAGUUCGAAAGGAGAGAGAAGAAAAAGUUGCUGAUUCUAAAGUUUGGCCUCCACCCAAAGCCCCAGAUUACAUGAAGAGUGUGAAGGAACUGCCCAGUCAGUUUAAGGUCACAGAUGAAAGGAAGCCCCCUGGUGGUGAGGAAAGUUCUGAGGCAAGCAAGGGAGAUCACUCCUCAGGAGGAAGAGGAGGGAUCACUGUACAUGAGAGGACUGAGGGACAACCCUUCAACAGACGGGAGAGUAAUGAGGAGGGCCCAGGAGCUGUGUAUGGGAGGCAGGACAGUGAAGGAAAAGGCACAAAAAGAAAGAUAUCGGAAAAUGAGACAGAGUCUUCAGGAGAGAAUAAAAGAUCUGUCUCACGGGAGGAGAGAGAGGAAGGACAGGAGGCUGCAGGUAUCAAAACAGAAGGAGCCCACCACUCAACAGUGCCAUCUAGUGGUGAUGACAUAACAAGGGAAAGGGGAACUCAUCCAAAAGAGUCCUUUACAAAUAGUGAAGAGAAGGGUCAUUGGCAGGGAGAUCAGGAACAUCAUAAGCCAAGUGGAAAACGGAGGCAUCCAACUGACAACAGCCAGGGGCUGCCCUGCAUCCCGGAGUCCAAGAAAAUCCUAAUGGAUCAUCCAGCUUGGACGGGGCUGGCGAGUGAUUACACUUAUGAAGAGUUAGGACAAGGUUCCAAUCUCAAGGCUGUACCAGACAUAUCUCUAGACCUUGACCAGGACGAGUCAAACUUACAAGAAAUAGGUCGGUGGGGUGAACACCUUGUCCACCAGUAUCUCUUACGCCAGCAGGAGGUGGAUCCGAGUAUUAUUGAAGUCAAGUGGUGUAACAAAGAGAAUGAGCAAGGAACGCCGUAUGACUUUGAAUUAUCUCAUAGGAGAGACACUGAAGUGAUCAAAACCUUUAUUGAGGUCAAGGCUACCUUGACUGGUGACAAAGACGUGUUUGAGAUUUCCUCCCAACAGAUUCAGUUUGCGCAGCAGCACCGCGAAAACUUUCAGAUCUACCGUGUGUUUAAUGCCGGUGACCUGGAACGAGUUCGAUUAGUCAGGAUUGACAACCUGUGUUUGAGGAUGGACCAGAAGCAGGUCCGGUUAUGGAUGAUGAUUUAAUUAAAACUGGGAGAGUGGUCAGUGAGGAAUUGGAGAAUGGUCAAUUGGAUAUGAGAGAGUGGUCAGUGGAGAACUGGAGGAGGUGGUUGCAGGAGCUGAGAGAGUGGUCAGUGAGGAAUGGGAGAAUGGUCAGUUGGAUAUGAGAGAGUGGUCAGUGAGGAAGUGGAGGAGUGUGGUUGUAGUUGAGCUACAAUACAGAACCUAUUCAAUAACUGAAAGUAUUCACCAUUGGAAAUCUACCGCAAAUUAUACUAUGUUGGAUCCCAGGUUUUAAAUUUACAAUUGUAUCAUGUUCUUGAUUAUAUUUAAGAAUGCAGCAAGAAACAGAUUUAGCAAAUGCCUCUGGGAGGACUAAAACUGCUGUGCCAUAAUUUAUUUAGUUUUUUCCUAUGGAAUUCUUUUAAUUUGCUUUGUUUUAAUGAGGCUUUUAGUAUAAUCAUUCAUUGAUGUUUAUCAACAACUGUGGUUUCAUCAAAUUUCAUGGAUACUGUUCCAUAAAUUUAUUUCAUAGGUACUGUUUUGUAAAUUUUUUUUUCUUCAAAGGCACUGUUUUGUAAAGGUACUGUUGUGUAAAUAGGUUAUUUCAUGGAAUUCUACUUUAUUUUCUUCCAUAAAGAGCAAAGUUUGUGUUUUUUGUGGACUGGCCACAAUCAUGAAAAAAAACCUAAAAUUUGUAUCUAGCAAAAAAUGUUGAAACCACAGUAUUUUUCCACGUAAUACUUUAAUCAUAAUUGAUAUAUUUUUUUUACAGUUUAGUAUUUUAGUAAUUUUUUUAAUUCUGUUUUAGUUCACUUGAGUCAGAGGCACAAGUGAGUUUCUCUGAUUGAAAUUUGUCCAUUUUCUGUCAUCAUUCUCGUUAUAAACUUUUCACAUUUCAUUUCCUUUUCUAGAACCACAUGGCCAAUUUCAACCUAACUUGGCACAAAGUAAUCUUUGGUGAAGGGGUUUCAAGUUCGUUUCAAUGAUGUGCCAUUGCCCCAAUCCAAGGGAAAAUAGACUGACUCAAGAAAAAGCAAAAAUAGAGUGGAGUCAUUUAAAAAUCUUAUUAAGAACCAUUGGGCUAGGAAAAAAUAAAAAUACUUAUUUGAAAGUUCCUGACAAAGUGAAGUUUCAAGUUUGUACAAUUCAUGCCCCCCAGGGGUAGGUUGGGGCAACAAUAAGGUAUUAAAGGUUUACAUUUGGAUAUAUAGGAAAAUCUUUCAAAAUCUUCUCAAGAAUAGAAGGGCCAUGAUUAGUCAUAUUAGUAUGCAAGCAUCCUCAGAUAGUAUAGAUUCAAAUGUCUUCCAAUCAUGGCUGCAAAGGGUAGGUGGGGCCACAAUAGGAAAACAAUUUUUUACAGGGUUAUAUAUAGGGGAAGCACUUUAAAAACUCUUUUUCUCAAAAGCAACACUGCCAUGAUUAGUCAUAUUAAUAUGCAAGCAUCGACAGAUAGUGCAGAUUCAGAUUUAUUCAAUUUGUGACUCCCAGGGGUAGGAUUGGGCCUCAAUUAGGGGUAAAAGUUUCAUGGGAUUAUAUAGUAAAAGGUCUUAUAACAGUCUUCUUCUCUUGAACAGCCAGGCUAUGAUUACUCAUGCUGACAGACAAACAUCCCCAGGUAGUGCAGAUUCAAGUUGACUGAAGCCAUGGUCCCUGGUUUAGAUGGGGCCACAAAAAGUGGUAACAUUAAAAAAAUAUUAUUCCCAAGACCAACAGGACUAUAAUUAGUCAUCCUAAUAUAAAAACAUCAGGUAGUGGAGAUUCAAGUUGAUUUAAAUCAUGGCCUUGGGGAUGAGGGGUGAAAGAUUUAUAAAGUUAUGAUGUUUAUAUUCUCUUUGGUAUUGAACAGAUAUCAACUUUUCUUUGUGGUCAGCAACAUGCUCAGGUGAGCGAUGUGGCCCAUGGGCCUCUUGUUCAUUUUUGUUUUUACGCACAAAGAAAUUGCCAUAUGAGACCUUUGAUUGAUCAGCUAUAUGAGGUCUGCAUAAAAUUUCUACAGCAUUGCCUGUCUAAGGACAACAGUUGUCUCGUUUUGAUAAACUAAAUAUUCAUUGUCUUUCAGUUAUAUUGUUAACAUUACAUUACAUGUAUUGAUUUGUUCAGAUAACUUUUCAUAUAUUUUUUAUAGUAUUUGUAGCUUAGUAAAGGCAGACCAAGAUAUGUAUGCAAGAAUAGAUUUUCUUGCUUGUUUUUUCUCUGCAUCGCCAUUUUAUGUUGACAUUGCAAGUAGAUGAUAAAUCACUAGGGACCACAAUUUUCCCACACACAUCACUACUUCUGUUUAAUGACAUACCAUUGCCCAUCAACAGUAUUGUUGUUAGCUGUAGUGCCAAUUUGAUGUUGCAUAUUCUAGUAAUCAUGUACAUGCAGGAUAAAAAAUGAAAACCUCGUUUGUUUAUGUAAUUAUUAUUUUCAUACAUGUUUAUAUUCCAAGGCAACAUGUCUUCAUCCAUAAGAUCAUACACAAUAAUACACGAUUUUUUCCUAAUUUUUUUUUUUCAUCUCCUUGAUAUGAAGAGUUCUUGUAUGAUUUCUGAAAUAAGUUUCAAGUUUUAUAGUGUAGUAAUACCAUACUUUGUAUAUCAGGCUUGAUAGCUCAGUGGUUAGACCACUUUUAAAACUAGUAAUGCAAGGGUCCUGGGUUCAAACCUGGAUUGUUCCAAAUAUUUGUUGCCCAUUCUUUGCACAAUUACAGUGUACUUUAUAGAAACAAACUUUUAUAAUACUAUUACACAAGAGCUAAUUUUACAUUUUUACUUGCCACAACCAGGAACUAUCAAAUUAUGGCAACUCUAAAACAAGUCUGGUAAUAUUCCUCAAGUAUUUUUGUAGAAACAAAUUAGGAUGCAAGUGAAUUGUACUUGAAAUGUUACCAAAAAAUUAUAUAUUAUUGAGAAACGUUGUGUAUGUCAUUAACACCAUUGGUUAGUCUUGUCAUCCACUUAUUUUGUGGUUAGUCUUGCUUUUAUUAUGUUGUGCUUAUUUUGUGCUUGUUAGUGCAAUAUUAAUUAGAUCACUGUUUGUUGUGAUAUUUGUUUAUCAUUUUGUGCUUGAUAUUUGUGAGAUAUUUGUUAAUUGUUUUCAGUACUAUUUAUUCAUAAUAAACAUUGUUACAAGA